AUGAGCGAGUACUGGGUCUCAAAGAAACGCUACUUCUGCAAGUACUGCGACAUCUACAUCACAGAUGAUGCUCCAUCCAGACAGCAGCAUGAAAGUGGGCUCCGGCAUCAAGGAAACAAGGAUCGCUUCGUCCGCGGUCUUUACAAGGCUGGAGAGAAGCGCAAAAAGGACUUAGAGGAGGAGAAGAGGGAGAUGGCGAGGAUCGAGCAGGCUGCGCAAGCAGCUUUCUCGCAGGAUGUAGGCGCUGGGCACGCCAAGCCGAUCACAUCGCACACACCUACACCUAGCGUAGCAUCAUCGAGUCGGAAACCAGCCCCAAGAGCAGGCGGCGUAUUCGCUGACUACUCAACGGCAGAAUCGCUCGGUUACACAGACCCCGACCUCGAGCACGCGCUCGCCGAGGCGGAACGGCGGCAGCAGCAAGGGUUCGUGGGGGAGUGGCAGAUUGUCGAGAAUACGACACCACCAAUGUCUGCUCAUUUCGGGGGGCAGCCAGCUGAGGACAUAAAGUCGGGGGCGGAGCCUGCAGAGGGAGGCAACAAACGCCGGGCAGAGGAGCCGUUGGACGAAGAAGAUGAGCACCGGUGGAAGUUGAGAAAGAAGACGAUAAGUGUGGGGCUAGGAGAAAUAUAUGAUCCAGGUAUCAUCGCGAUCAAGGUCAAGCCAAAAAAGGAGGAGCCCAAAGAC